UUGCAACCCUGCUUGGUAAAACGUCAAGCUUGGAUUUUGUACGCCAUUUGUUAAAAAUUUCUACACCAGGGAAAAUACUGCCUGACGCAAAAAUUAGUAAAUUUAAUUAGAAAAUCAGCUUAGGCUGCACUGAACUGGCAAAGGUUGCGAUUAUUUUGCUAAUUUAACUGUAUGGACUUUUAAGGUUUGUAUUGGUAGACGCUCCGUUGGACCAGGUAAAAGGUAAUAGACAAAAUGACUCAAUAUCUACCGCCGAAUUUGUUGGCGCUAUUUGCCGCCCGUGAUCCAAUACCUUUUAUGCCACCAGUGGAUAAGUUGCCACAUGAAAAGAAAUCUCGUGGUUAUCUUGGUAUUGGUGGUUUCCUUGGUGAGUUUGAAGACCCAAAAGACACGCCGCCUGCAAAGCGCGUUGAGACUCGUCAAGAACGUUUGGAACGUCGGCGUAGGGAGAAGGCAGAACAAGUUGCUUAUAAAUUGGAACGAGAAAUAGCACUGUGGGAUCCGCAAGAAAUCAAAAACGCAACAGAAGAUCCAUUUCGCACAUUGUUUGUGGCACGUAUUAAUUAUGACACUUCUGAAUCAAAAUUGAGACGUGAGUUUGAAAUUUAUGGACCUAUCAAAAAAAUAGUUAUGAUAACGGAUCAAGAAUCGAGUAAGCCCAAAGGUUAUGCAUUCAUCGAAUAUGAACAUGAACGAGAUAUGCAUGCCGCCUACAAACAUGCAGAUGGUAAGAAAAUCGAUAGUAAGCGUGUAUUGGUUGACGUAGAACGCGCACGUACGGUAAAAGGAUGGUUACCACGCCGUUUGGGUGGUGGCUUGGGAGGAACACGUAGAGGUGGUAAUGAUGUCAACAUCAAGCACUCUGGUAGAGAGGACAAUGAAAGGGAACGUGAACGCUACCGUCUCGAGCGGGAGCGCGAAGAUCGCGAAACCGUAAGAGUUGUAGAACGUAAUCGUUUCGGCAGUGUUGACCCUGUGCGGCGUCGUUCGCGUUCUCGAGAACGCUUACGUGAACGUGAAAGGGAGCGCUCAAGACGUUCGCGCAGCAAAUCACGUGAGCGGAGGAGAAGGCGAGGUGGUAGUCGUGAACGCGAAUAUGACGAUGUCGAAAAACGUGACAGACGCGAGAAAGAUCGUGAGCGCGAUCGUGAACGUGAACGCGAAAGAGAUAAGAAGAAGAGACGCUCCAAAUCCAGGGAGCGUGAUUCAUCCAGAGAGAGACGUGAUAAGAAACGUGAGCGCGAUCGCCGUGACAAGGACCGCGAUCGUGGAGAUCGUGACAUUAAGGAACGUAAGCCGGACUUCCGUGACAUCGAUAUUAAGAUCAAGGAAGAACCAAUAGAUGAUGGUUAUCCAACUUAUCCUAUGAAUUCCUAUCAAACGUCUGGUAUAAAGCGAGAAGACGACGAAGAGCAGGAAGAAAAAUUCCGGCCACCGCAAGAUAUGUUCAGCGUUCCACCACCCCCAAUACCUGGACGUGGUCUUGGUGAGAAUGGACAGAACCCCAAUGAUGGUCAGCAAUCAUGGUGGCGUUGAGGUUUAUUUGUAUAUUACAAAAUGGAUAGUAACAGUUAUUUUCCACUUUCCAUAUUUUACCACAAUUUUCAAUUUAGCGUUUGAACUAAUGCAAAUUCGAGAUUUACAUGAUAGGUACAAAAUUUUAUUAUGAUCUUAAAAAUAUUGACAGAUUAAUCAAUUGCCCAUUGAUUUGUUGGCUAUAGUAAAUCGUUUCUUCAAAUUUUAUUAAUCAUAGUGCAAACGCUAAAGUUUUAAUAGUUUUAAAUUAUUAGGGCAAACAAUAUUUGAAAUUCCAAUACAUACAUACCUACCAACACAUUUUCGUCUUGCUUCCGCGGCGGGCUAGAAUCCACAAACA